CUCGGUUCACCUUUCAACCACUGCCUUACCCCGACGCGGCUCAGUAUUCGUCAAUCAGCCAUCCAACUCUGUCGGAUGAAAUUGAUCGGGCUACCGUGUCGCAUGCGGUUCUCGCACUAUAUUUGGCAGGAACAAGAGCUCGUCCCGUUGUUGGUUUACAAGCAAGCACAGCACUGUGUAGUCAAUUGACUGGGCACGGUUCUCCCGAAAACCUCCAGUCCCUCUUCCUUUCCCUACUACCUACGUCCCAAGAAUUACUCCUCCCCCCUCCCUUUUGCCCCCUCCAACCAAACCAUUCUGCCGCGCAUCCCUUCAUGCGCCGCCAGAUGUUCUGCCCAUGUCCAACCCGCCCUUUGCACCCGAAAAUACCGCAGCCGCAGAUGCUGCAGCGGUGAGUCCCAUUCGGACAGCGGAAACUGGCGACGCGGCGCCUUCUCCAUCAUCUCCAUCAGGAACGCAGACGCAAACGCCACCGCCAUCUUGGCUCCCAGGGACGGCAGCACAAGAAGAAGGGUCCGUCUCGUCGGUACCACCACCACCACCACCACCACCACCACCAUCACCAUUACCACCAUCACAAUCACCCCCUGCCGGGCAGCGAGACACGGCUGGCGCGGUUCCCCUGGCAGCCCAAGCCACUGGAGCCUCUGCCACGGCCCACGCUGAUCCCGUUAAACAUGCCCGGGGCCCUGUCGCCCUGCAACGGCCCCACGGCCCUUCUUUGCUGACCCAGGCUCUUGCAACAGCUCGCGGCAUCCCGAGACAGACCCAGUGCGAUCCCUCGCAACCUCAAAAAGCCCACCCUUCCCAGCACCCCCAGAAUCACUCGGAGCCUCAGGAACUCCAUAACAAGGACACCGGCAGUCGAAAUACCCGCCAUGGCUCCCGGCCCCAGGGCGACGGCGACUCCCUGACACCGCGUCUCUCUCCUCGAAAGUCGGCCAUGUCUUCGUCUUCAACCGCCACGUCCACGGCAGUGGCCGCCCCCGUCUUCGGGAGGCUCGAUCUCGCCGAGGUCAAUUCAAUGCUUAGCGGCCACCGCGAUUUCCUGAACAAGACCAAGGCCAAGGUCGGCCCGCUCGAGUCUUCCGAGAGGGAACGCCCGGCUCGAUGGGAUGGCUACUCCAACGACAAGACGGCCACCAGUGCUUAUCAUCAUACCUCUGUGCACCCCACCGACCCUCCUGCUGCCGUCCACCACGUAGCCGACGCCGAGAACGGGGUGGUAGACGGCCGUCCCCAACUCAGACCUUGGAAGACAGAACACCGUGUGUCUAUGGGCCCCGAGAAGGUCUGGUCGAUCGGGGCGGGAGAUGCAGGCGGUGUCCAAGAUGGACAAGUUGAGAAGUCGAUCUCGGAGGUCCUCGCAGGUGUCGAGCACAAUAACCGCAGUCGGAAAGCGAGCCACAGCUUACGCUUCUUCAAAGAAGGUCUUCCGGAAGAGAAGGGAAAGCGCAAGGAUCAGCGCUCGUCGCACUCCACCCGAGACAGGUCACCUUCUAGGGGAGAGAAGCUCGCCGACAUCCAAGAGCAACCCGUGGGUGGCGAAUCGGCGGACGCACAGGCGCUCGGAGACGCAGCGUCGAUAUCUGAACCACACAAGCGGAUGCCCGAGUCUAAGGCAACCCAAGGCUCCCCUAGGUAUCAUGCCGUCCCUCAACACGGCGAAUUCGCCCAGGGUCCUACCGCUCCUGCUGCUGCUGCUGCUGUUGUUGUUGCUGAACCGGUGCCCUCCGAGCAUGAAUUGGGUGGACCGGAACAGCAGGGACCCGACUCGGCAGAUUCGAGUCACCAGUCCAAGCCGCGGCCGGAGUCGGAUCUCGGCAAUGGGGUUGGGGAGAGUGUCGAGGAAGGUGAGGAUUCGGGAGAGGAAAAGAUCUCGUCGGCCGUGUUCUUGCCCCAUCAGGGCCCCGGGGAGUCGCCAGAGAGCUCCCCAGUGUCUGGGAUGCCACAAAAGAUGGUCCCCUCGAGAAGGCAUUCCCGGCAUGGCGAUUUCCAUCCUUGGCUCGUCAAAGCUGACGAGCCCGAGAUUGAUGACGAGCAAAAAAGCCUCAACAACUUUGAGGGCGAGGUCGGGCUGGAAGCUGCCGAAUAUCCCAGUGUAGCUCCAGAGGUAGCCUACAGGCAGGCUGAAGAUUCCGCCCCCGUUGCCCAACGUGAACCUGCUGUCCACUCCUCCCGCUUGUCUCGUCCGGUAUCUCAUUAUCAUGAGGAUGCCGUCCACGAGCAUCAAUGGACACCGAAGCAGCCGUUGGAGGCCAUUGAGUUAAUCCCUUACAAGCACCAGGUCGGCGGUCAUACAACCCUAUGGAGGUUCUCCCGUCGUGCCGUAUGCAAGCAAUUAAACAAUCGUGAAAACGAGUUCUACGAAAAGAUCGAGAAAUACCAUCGCGAUUUGUUGGCGUUCUUGCCUAGGUAGGAUCCCUCCCCCCCCUUUCUUCCACCACCCUUUUUCCAGGGACCAAUGGAUCUCGAGCGAGGAUGCUGACAGAA